AAAUAAAUAAAACUUACUUUUACAGGUUUAAAUACUACAAAAACAUUUCAAUCAAUGACAAAUCAAUUAAACUAACAUAUUAUUUUAUUUAUAUUUACUACAUAAUGGUUCUAUCAUUUAUUUAAGUAAGAUAACAAUUCAAUAAUAGCCAUUACAUAAAAAAUAAAUAUAAAAACAUUAUACAGUGUACAAUAACUAUAAUAACAAAAAUAAUUAUGAAAAAAUGUUUAAAAUAUAUGUUUUCUAAAGAAAAAUGCUUAAUACUAAUUGUUAACAAAAAAUUUAAAGCGAUUAUAAUAUAAAUGAUUAACAAGAAAAAUUACACAAAACAAUUAUAAUAAAAUUAAUUAAGUUAUAUAAAAUGGAGUAAUAUGAUCAAGACAUUUAUAGUUGUUAAUUCUAUCUAUUUUUUUCUCUAUCAAAAGUUUGUAGAAAUGUCAUAAUUUAAUAAAAUUGUAAAACAAUAAACUUUAAAAUUUGGAUUAUAAGGUGACAAAUUAUGAAACUAUAGCAAUUUAAAUCAAAUUGGAUAUGUUAACAUAUCGGACAUCCAUCGGUUCAAUUGGUUAGUCUCGGAUAUAGUCACCGGAUUAACCGAUUUGACUGCAGAUUCGGAUCAAAUUAUAAAGCAUUAAUUUAAAUGCAAAGAAAAUUCAAAUAAACAAAAUUCUUACAAAUUAACAAAAUAUUUAUUAAUUAUUAGUGAAAAUUUUCAUCAUAAAAUAAUCCACGCUUGCAAAGCGCGGGUCAUGAUCUAGUACAUCCUUAUAUUAGAUUUCCUCCAUUUCAUAAAGAUAAGUGUUUUUUAUAAAAGAAAAAUUGUUUCAAAGAUAUUUAUUUUUUUCUAUUUUCAAUACAUUUUUAUUAACCAAUAAUGAUUAAUUAUGAACUUCAAAAAAUUUAAUUGCAUUAGUUAAAUUCUUAUUGGUUUAGAGUUAUGAGAUAUAAAUAAUAAAAAGUUUUAUUCAUUUUAAUACUAUCAUUUAAUAUGGUUUAUUAGUAUAUGUGAAAAUAAAAAAAUAUACAUCAUUUUGAAACACAUAAUCUAGAGUAAAUUUAGGGGUUUGAAUUUAUUUUAUAAACAUGGGAUACAAUGAACUUAUGGAAGAUGUUAGACUAAUUUCUAAACGGAGGUGUAACCUACAAAUAUAUUAUUUUUUAUGAUAUUCAAGUGAAAUCCAAAAUAUGAUCUCAUAUCCGUAUGACCACAUAUUUUUAGUUAGUGUGGUGGGGUUGUUUUGAACCCAGAUCGCUUAGCUUCUCAAAGCCUGCCUACCAGUAGACCACUCAUGUGUAUAAAAUGACAUUAACUGUGAAUGUUGAAACCAACUUUCUCUAACGAUCCACAUAAAUCCUCAACUUUUCAAGAAUGACAAACUAUCUCCCAGAUCCCUUAACCACUUCCACUAAACCCAGUCUUAUUAAAGAAGAAGAACGAUUUGAUGAAGAAACAUUGAGCUUACAAGCAGAGCGGAUCUUGUACUCCGUUACAUUCCCUAUGGUUUUCAAAACCGCCUUGGAACUUGGUGUUAUUGACACGAUCGUAGCUGCACAAGGUGUAUGGCUCUCGGCUUCUGAUAUUGCACUUCGUCUCCCAACAAAACCCACCAACCCGAAGGCACCGGUUUUGUUGGACCGGAUGUUGGUUUUCCUAGCCAGUAAUUCGAUCUUGACUUCCCGUAUGGUUGAAGCCGGAGAGAACGGUCAAACCGGAAAUGGUGAGAGGCUAUAUGCUGCUCAACCGGUUUGCAUGUUUUUCUUAAACCGUGGAGAAGGCUCAGGUUCUCUCGCGUCUCUGUUUAUGGUUGCCCUAAGCGAAGUCUAUUUUAAGAGUUGGACUCAUCUCAAAGAUAUGGUUUUAGAAGGAAAAGAUGCAUUCACCUCUGCUCAUGGCAUGAAACUCUUUGAAUACAUUGGUUCAAAGGAACCGUUCGGUGAGCUGUUUAACCGAGCAAUGUCAGAAUCUUCUACCCUCACCAUGAAGAAAGUUUUAGAAGUUUAUAGAGGAUUUGAAGAUGUAAAUACUUUAGUGGAUGUUGGAGGAGGAAUUGGAACUGUUAUAAAUCUAGUGCUUUCCAAGUAUCCUCACAUCAAAGGCAUCAAUUUUGACCUACCCUCAGUAUUAGCCCAUCCUUCUGUUUAUCCAGGAGUGGAGAAUGUUUCAGGAGAUAUGUUUAAAGAAAUUCCAAACGGAGAUGCCAUCUUCUUGAAAAUGAAGAUUGUAUAAAAAUUCUAAAAAAUUGCUGGCAAAGUCUUUCUGAGGGAGGAAAAGUGAUAAUAGUCGAAAUGACUACUCCCGAAAAUACAAAGAUCAACGACUUCUCUUCGAACAUUGUGUAUGCCAUGGACAUGUUUAUGUUAACCCAAUGCUCGGGUGGUAAGGAGAGGUCUUUCUCCCAGAUCAAGAAUCUAGCCUGUGAUUCGGGUUUUGUUCGUUGUGAAAUCAAAUGUCAUGCCUACUCAUAUUGUAUUAUUGAGCUCCACAAAUAGAUUAAAAAUGUUACGAAAGAAGUUUCAUCUCGUCCUUGUGAAGACCACAAACCUAAGAAGCUUCUUUGUUCUCAAUGGUUUUCUUUAUUAAUGUGUGUAGUAUGGUUUACCGUUGACGGUUAUUUUUUUGUUUUCAAGAUUGUGGUGAUUGAUUAGUGUCAAGAAGGUGAAUAAUUGUAAUCAAUUCGUAAGGGUUGUUGUUGUUGUUUAAUCAAUUGUACUUUAUUUGGUGUAAAAAAAGUACUUUAAUUUAAAAUGAUACGCGGCA